AACAUGACGCCUGUGACAGCGAGGUCACGGGUUCAGUGCGCAGGUCUGUGUGUGGCGGAAGUCAGAUGUGUCACGUUCUGUCACAACUCGGUCACGCUGGCCUGUUUCCUGGACCUGGGUGUGUCCUCAGACUUUGGACAGGAGAGUACAGACGGUAGGAAAUGCUUUACUAGGAUAAAAGCUACCUGUCCAGCCAGCGAGGGCUACAGUCUGUACAGCAGUCGUUGCCUCAAACUGAGCUCCAGUCCACUGACUUACCUCUCAGCCAAAGACCACUGUGCUUCAGAAGGAGGUCACCUGUAUUACCUCAAGAAUACUUACCUGGACCUGAACCCACUGGCACUACUGAUCCGGCAAAAUCAGUUUAAUUGGUUCUACUGGGUGGGUGCUGAUGCCAUUGGAAAAAGCCGACAUUUUACCUGGGGCGACGGAACUCCCUUGUCCAGCACUUCGGAACUUUGGAUGACAGGUGAACCCAACAACUUCUACAACAGGGGCGAGGACUGUGUGUGCAUGAAGAACGUUAGUGCGAACGACAACAUAUGUGGCGAUGUCCUUUGGUUUGUUUGUGAGAUUGACUAGUCGGUCCUGUCUUCAUUAAUUAACAUUUUGUUUGAACUCAUUUCUUUGCCUUGAGAUUUUACAUGGCGAAACCGGUCAAACGCCAGGUAACUUUAGCGAGAGGUGAUUUGUAAGACAAAUUAUUUUACUCAGAAUAAAAAUAUUAAAAAAAUAA